UAGUAGAACUAGAGCCUCCCUGUUUUUGAAUCACUUCGAUUGUUCUCACGCGACACAUUCGUUACCAAAAUCCCCAUUUCUCAACUGCUCUUCGUAGUUUCUCCUUCAGAAUGCUCCUUGUAGCUAUUUCAUCCUCACGGAUGACAACGACAAUCUUUUUCGUCUGUCUUUUAUUGAUGCUCUUGUACUCAUUAUCCAUUUUCGCACCCUCCUAUCAUCCUACAUCACCCACACCGCCGGUGACGCAAGCGCCAUCUCAUCCUAAACAUACCGACAAGCCCAAGGAGGACUCUCUGUCAAUAUGGCAGAAGAAGGCAGAUUCCAUCAUGGAACAGGCGAAAGCACUGAUUGAGGACCCAAUUCAACCCCCUUACAAGGACAAGUUCUACGACCUCGGUCAACGGGUCAUACGUGCUCGGGAAUGGGUCAAAGUCAUUGACAACGCUCCCAAGUCUGCGAAUACCCAAGUCCUCGUCGAAACGGUGGAGAGCGCAAUUGGAUCUUGCUUUCCCUUCAUUCGAGAUUCUCCGCAGCGUCCGGGUAGCAAGACCCCCUUUUCAGACCUGCGGUCAUCGAUCAUUCCGGGAUCGCGGGGCUUCGUCAUUCCGACAGGCAAGGGAACCAUGAGAUAUGCGACUCACCUCAUUGGCUCACUUCAAGAGAUCCUGCGCAGCAAAAUGACGAUCCAAAUAAUCCAUGCCGGCGACGAGGACUUCCCGCCCGAGGAACGCGCGAAGUUGCAGUCUCGAUUUCGCGAUGUCCAGUUCCUUGACAUCCUCAGUGUCAUUAACGAUACGACUGUGCAGCUCGCCACAGGCGGUUGGGCUAUCAAGGCCUUUGCAGCGCUCUAUGCACCUUUCGAGGAGGUGAUCCUAUCAGACGCGGAUUCUGUUUUUGUACAAGUUCCAGAGAAACUAUUCUUGGACCCCUCCUACCAGACGACUGGUGCUCUCCUCUUCCACGAUCGCUUGAUUUGGCAGCAUGCUUUCGCCGACCGUCACGAGUGGUGGAAGUCGCAAAUCCACGAGCCCAGUGCUACGCUCAACAAAUCACUUGUCUGGACCGAGGACUAUGCCGAGGAGGGAGAUUCCGGGGUUGUGGUCAUCGACAAGUCGCGUCUGGAUGUGUUGAUGGGUCUGCUUCAUGUAGCAUGGCAGAAUACCUAUGGGGUGCGUGAAGAGGUCUCCUAUAAGUUGACCUAUGGCGACAAGGAGACCUGGUGGUUCGGGUUCGAGCUCAGUGGAUCAAGCUACGCUUUCGAAAAACACUACGGCGCUAUGAUCGGCUGGUUCAAGGAAAUGGUCAAUGACACUGCCCAAAGAAUCUGCAGUUUUGUUAUUGCGCAUGUGGAUGUGCGGGAUGAGCCCUUCUGGUACAACGGAGGUCUGCUGAAGAAUAAGAAGGUUGAUCCCAAGGAAUAUGGCCUGCCGACCCAUAUAUUAGUCGAUGGGAAAUGGGAAAAGGGUGCAGAACGUACCCAGAUGAGCUGCAUGGUUGGGGAGAACGUGAAGCCUUUAAGCAUGGAAGUGAGUUGGAUUUUGAAUAGUUCCAUCACUUUGGCGCAAAAUCUGGACAGGGAGUUUGGCUUUGUUUAGACUCUAAAUGGCGUCUUCGGUGACCUGGAAUGGGCCGUUAUCUUGUGUCAUAUUGCUAUGUAAUCAUGCCUGCAAGUCACUGUAUUGACAACAACUUCAAUGUUAAAUCACCAAUUUGGUUUAUCAACACAACCUAUUAUUAUGUUACUCGAGUUAUUAACGGGCCGUUCAACGGACAAAAGGUCUUGAUGGUCUGUGUUUCGAAGCUUGGCUUCACCCAGUAGACUUCUCAUCUUGAGAAGUGCGAGACACGCUGAUAAGUCCAGAAUGAGAGAUCGGAAAUAGACAGAGAAUCUUUCGAAUCCUCGAGGCCAUGCCAUUCAUGCACCCACCACAUGACUAGAUAAAGAGUCCACAAGACCAACAUUCAAGGCCAUUACCAUAUUUUUGGUAACUGGUUAUUCUCCCCAAUAUAUAUCUAUAAUGCAGCAUUCCACAUGCGGAUUU